GUUUUCCAGCAAUAUUUAUUGGCUUUAUGAUCCAACUGACUGCACACAUUUGGCACCGGGGUGGGAGAGGGAACGAGAGGCUGGAGGUGGAGAAGAGAGUUGGACCAAUGGGAGGCUGUACCAGCAAAGACCAGCACUAAUGGCUGAUCGGGUGCUUGUGAUCGGCAGUGGAGGGAGAGAACAUGCGCUGGCCUGGAAGCUGGCCCAGUCCCCACAUGUAAAACAAGUGUUUGUUGCUCCAGGAAACGCAGGAACAGCUGACAAUGGAAACAUUUCCAAUUCAGCUGUUUCAGUCAGCAAUCAUGCUGCACUUGCCCAGUUCUGCAGAGAUCAGGAGAUCAGGCUGGUUGUGGUUGGUCCAGAGGUUCCUCUUGCUGCUGGAAUUGUUGAUGACUUGACAGCAGCUGGAGUGAGAUGUUUUGGUCCAACAGCAAAGGCAGCUCAGCUGGAGUCCAGUAAGAGCUUUACCAAAGCCUUCUUGGACCGUCAUGAGAUCCCAACCGCAAGAUGGAAGUCUUUUACUGAUCCAAAAGCAGCAUGUAGCUUCAUCAACAGUGCGAACUUCCCUGCUUUAGUUGUAAAAGCUAGUGGCCUGGCAGCUGGCAAAGGAGUAAUUGUAGCUUCAAACAAGGAAGAAGCCUGCAAAGCUGUUAAUGAAAUCAUGCAGGAUAAGACUUUUGGCACAGCUGGGGAAACGGUUGUUGUUGAAGAACUCCUUGAAGGAGAAGAAGUUUCUUGCUUAUGUUUCACGGAUGGCGUCACAAUUGCUCCCAUGCCCCCAGCCCAGGACCACAAGAGAUUAAUGGAUGGAGAUGAAGGCCCUAACACUGGAGGAAUGGGAGCCUAUUCUCCAGCACCUCAGAUUUCUAAAGAUUUGCUGCUGAAAAUAAGAGAUACCGUUCUUCAGAAAACUGUUGAUGGCAUGAGGAAAGAAGGUGUCCCCUAUUUUGGUGUGCUUUAUGCUGGGUUAAUGCUUACCAAGGAUGGACCUAAAGUUCUAGAGUUUAACUGCAGAUUCGGUGACCCAGAAUGUCAGGUAAUUCUUCCACUGUUGAAAAGUGAUUUGUAUGAAGUUAUGCAAGCAGUUAUCAAUAAAAAGUUGUCUAGUUCCAUGCCAGUGUGGUUUGAAGACAGUGCGGCUGUGACCGUGGUGAUGGCUAGUGAAGGAUAUCCAGGAACCUAUCCCAAGGGUUUGGAAAUAACAGGACUUUCUAAGGCUAAAGAACUAGGACUGGAGGUGUUCCAUGCAGGCACGGCCCUGAAGGAUGGCAAAGUGGUGACUAGCGGAGGAAGAGUCCUUACAGUAACUGCAAUUAAAGAGGAUCUAAUGACAGCACUGCAAGAAGCCAACAAGGGAGUAGCAGCUAUAAAUUUCAAGGGUGCCAUUUAUAGAAAGGACAUUGGUUAUCGGGCUAUAGCUUUCCUGAGUCAAUCCAGAGGCCUGACUUACAAAAACAGUGGGGUAGACAUCGCAGCAGGGAAUACUUUGGUUCAGAAAAUUAAACCCCUAGCUGCAGCCACAUCAAGGUCAGGCUGCAAUGCAGAGCUUGGAGGAUUUGCUGGCCUCUUUGAUUUGAAAGCAGCUGGUUACAAAGAUCCUAUCCUGGUAUCUGGAACUGAUGGUGUUGGCACAAAACUUAAGAUUGCACAAGUGUGUAAGAAACAUGACACUAUAGGUCAAGACCUGGUUGCUAUGUGUGUCAAUGACAUCCUGGCUCAAGGAGCAGAGCCCCUCUUCUUCCUUGACUAUUUUGCCUGUGGUAAACUUGACGUUGAAGUGGCUCAGGGGGUCAUUGCAGGAAUAGCUGAAGCAUGCAAAAAGGCAGGAUGUGCUCUUUUGGGAGGAGAAACUGCUGAAAUGCCAGGCAUGUAUCCACCUGGAGAGUAUGACCUAGCAGGCUUUGCCGUCGGUGCAGUAGAGCGAGGGCAGAUGCUGCCCCAGUUGGAGAGAAUUGCUGAUGGAGACAUGGUUAUUGGAGUAGCUUCUUCUGGGGUUCACAGCAAUGGGUACAGCCUCGUAAGGAAGAUUGUUGAAAAGUCAUCAUUAGACUUCUCUUCUCCAGUUGGCGUCUCUGGUGAUCAGACAUUAGGAGAUCUCUUGUUAACCCCAACUAAGAUCUACAGCAAGACUUUGCUGCCUGUCCUUCACUCAGGCCACGUGAAAGCCUAUGCCCACAUCACUGGAGGAGGCUUGCUGGAAAACAUCCCCAGAGUUCUCCCAGAGUCCUGUGGUGUUGUUUUAGAUGCUCUUAGCUGGAAGAUUCCUGAAAUAUUUUGUUGGCUCCAUAAAGAAGGGAACCUCUCUGAGGAGGAAAUGACUCGGACAUUUAAUUGUGGGAUCGGUGCCGUCUUGAUCGUUCAGAAGGAGAUGGCUCAGCAGGUCCUCAAGGACAUCCAGAAACACGAGGCAGCCUGGCUGAUUGGGAGGGUUGUCCCCCUACAAAAAGGCUCUGCCCAUGUUAAAGUCCACAGUCUGCUUGAAGCCUUGCGAGCAAAUAGGUCACUGUCUGUGCACAGCCAUAUCCAAGGCAAAAUCCAAACAAACAAAGUGAAGGUUGCUGUCCUUAUCUCUGGAACAGGCACAAACCUGGAAGCCCUGAUAAAUAGCACAAAGAAACCCACCAGUUUCGCACAAAUAGUUCUUGUUGUUUCUAACAAAGCUGGUGUGGAAGGGUUAAGGAAAGCUGAAAGAGCUGGUAUUCCUACAAAGGUUAUUGACCAUAAAUUGUAUGAAAGUCGCACUGCAUUUGACAGUGCAGUUGACAAAGUCCUCGAAGAAUUCUCAGUUGAACUGAUCUGCCUUGCUGGGUUUAUGCGAAUACUGUCAGGUCCUUUUGUCAAGAAAUGGGAAGGAAAAAUAUUGAACAUCCACCCAUCCCUGCUGCCUUCUUUCAAGGGAGCAAAUGCCCACAAAUUGGUGUUAGAAGCUGGCGUCCGAGUCACAGGCUGUACUGUACACUUUGUAGCUGAGGAGGUUGAUGCUGGAGCAAUCAUUUUCCAAGAGGCAGUUCCCGUUAAGGUCGGUGACACAGUGGAGACCCUGUCUGAAAGGGUGAAGGAGGCUGAGCACCGAGCCUUCCCAGCUGCCCUGCAGCUUGUCGCCAGCGGGGCUGUACAGGUGGGGGAUGCUGGCAAGAUCUGCUGGAAGUAAGAGCAGCAAGUCCAUGGAGCUCCUCAGGUGGUACAGCUGAGGUGCAUUAGCUGAUCAAAACAGAGGCCACAGUCUAAUAACGUGUAUUCACCUCACAAAGUGUUUUAAGCAAAGGAUUUACCAUUUCAUGUGCUCAGUCAAAUGGCUAAAGAUUCAAAGUAAAAUCGAGAGAAAGCCACAAAUGGGAAUGUUACAACAGGGGGCUGUUCUCAGUAGCUUCAGCUACAGCUCUGUUACAUGCUUCCUAUUUAUGGUUGCUUCCUUGGCCAACAUUUCAGUUCUUAAUCACUUUCUUCACAAAAAAAAAAAAACAACAAAAAAGUCUUGGUUACAGAGACAUCUAAACAUCUGAGAUUGACUUAAGAACAUCACUUUGUCUCCAAACAGACCAUACAGCCUGUAACAGGGGAUUCUCUUGUCACGUGCUGUGAAGUGUCUGUAAGGAUGAGUAAUGGCAGGUAGUAAAUUGGAAGUGAUGGCCAUAUGCAAAGACUUGACUCAUAAAAAAUAUAUAGCCAAAACAAGAAAAACUGGCCUUACCCUUCCUGCAGAUAACAAAGUGCACUUUUUUUCCAUCUAGUUUCUGUUUCAGUGUUGGUAGAUCCUGUCUGGCCUAGAUUCUGGAUGUAUCCAAUAACUUCAAAUACUGAACCUGCUAUCAGUCAGAUCCUAAUAGAAUUAAACUUCUGCUGACCACUUGCCUUCAAGGAUUUCCCUAUGAAUCCACACAGUCCACACAUGAAUUCCCCUCAGAGAUUUGUUCAGAACCAAAAGGUUCAUUUUUUUUUUUCUGAAUGAGCAGAAAGGGAAUUAGUACAAGACAAAAAUAUUUUUUUGGCUUGUGAGACAUUCUUCAAUUCUGAAGAAGGUAAGUCCCUGUAUUCUGGGAAUUAGUAUUUUCACCUAGAAUAAUACUGAUGCAAACCCAGGAAAUGUUGCAACUCUGAAAACAGUAAGGUUUUUUUCAUAGAUGAAUUCUUGUGAAAAAGCACCUGGUUUUCUUUUAAUGUGUUGUAGCUGUGAAAACAUUUUAAUCCGUUUACAAAAAUAAUCAUUUUUGUCCUGUACAAACCAGAAGUAUCUGACUGCAGCCAAUUAUGUGUAUUUUAGAACUACCCUUUACUACAGAGAAAACUGGUUACUGUUCUGUGCACUGAUGUCCUUAUGGUAAUCUCAAUUUGGAUUUGAAAUAAAGUCUAAUAAAAUUAAAAACUUAAACGUAUCAAAAUCUUUCCCUGAAUUUCCUUUUCCAAGGGUAUAAGCUGAAGGAGGAGUUUGUGAAAGAGAAUCUAACUAUGUCUGCAGUGCAAUGACUGCAGAUCAGUUUCUGAGGUUACAGACGUGUGCAAUCCUGCAAAAGUUAGUUAUAAUUCCGGAGCGUGGUGACCUUACUGUUCCCGGGGCCAGAUGGUCUGCAAUGAAGAAGCUUGCUGACAAAAUAUUCCUGUCAUCUUCUGUCGCUGAGGAUAAAGCUCAAGCGAAUACAGAGAAAAAUUACGUGGUCAAAUUUAAUGUGCUUGUAAAAGGCAAAGAAUAAAAGCUAAAUC